AUGCAGGCUCUGCUGUUGCUGCUCUUUCUCUUGCCUCCUGAAGCUAAAGCUGAGGAGAUUAUUGGGGGCACUGAGUGCAAGCCACACUCCCGCCCUUACAUGGCCCAUCUAAAAAUCAUCAACAACCGAGGCUUGCUCGACAGCUGUGGAGGGUUUCUCAUAAGUCAAGAUUUUGUGCUGACAGCUGCUCAUUGUCAAGGAAGACACAUCACUGUCACUCUUGGAGCUCAUGACAUGAAGCAGGAGGAAUCUACAUGGCAGCAUAUAGACGUUGCCGAACAGUUCAUCCACCCCUGUUACAACGCUCACACCCAGCUUAAUGACAUCAUGUUACUGAAGUUACAAAGGCAUGCCCAGCUGACCGAUGCUGUGGGAACAGUUCCCCUGCCUUCCUGGAGAACCUUUGUUCAAACUGGAAGAAUGUGCUGGACAGCUGGCUGGGGAAAAACAGGACCAACAGAGCCAAUGUCCAAUACCCUGAGGGAAGUGAAGCUGAGAGUCAUGGACAGCGAGGCCUGCCACUAUUUCUACUCUUACAGCCACAAACUUCAAAUGUGUGUGGGAAAUCCCAAGGCCAAAAGAUCCGCAUAUAAGGGAGAUUCUGGGGGCCCCCUCUUGUGUGCAGGGGUGGCCCAAGGGAUUGUGUCUUAUGCAACUAGAGAUGCGCAGCCACCUGUGGUCUUCACCCGACUCUCCUCAUAUGUGCCCUGGAUUCACAAACUACUGAAGGAUAACUAG